AUGCCAGGCCCAUUAGUCGUGCCUGGGAGAAAAACAUCUCUCAUCAAAGACUUUGGCAAGAACUUUAGAGGAAGACGACCCCGGACGAUCCCGACUCACUCAGAUUCACACUCGGAACCGGCACGGGAAGACCGCCCUCCGUCACAGCCAAGCCCAUCACCCCCACGCUCAGAUUGUCCACAAGACCGCCUACUGGGGCUCCAUCCGAGUUGGAACUCCACCUCAAGAGUUCAAGGUGAUCUUCGACACGGGCAGUGGGAAUCUGAUCCUUCCCACGACGGCCUGCAAGUCGGAAGGGUGUGCCAGGCACAAAAAAGUACAACCCGCACGAAUCUGCUACCUCAUCUGAGGUGUCCAACGAGAACGGAGAGGGUUCCACAGAGAUCACCUUUGGCACAGGAUCGAUCACAGGUGAUUUCUAUGAGGACAAGUUCUGCAUCGCUGAUUCGCUGUGCUCCAAGGUUCGAUUCAUUGGAUCCGUCGAGCAGAGCGCGGUGCCUUUCUCUGCCACCCCCCUUCGACGGCAUUCUCGGUCUGGGCUUCAAGGACUUGUCCAUGGGGCACGACUUCAACAUCCUCGACGACAUGUACCAGACCGGAUCGCUGCCGGCGGGGCUGUUUUCCGUCUUCCUCACCGAGGAUGGAUCCAGUGAGAUUACCUUUGGAGGCUACAGGCCUGAGCUUCUUGCUUCGGAAGUGGUUUGGGCGCCGGUGACUCGGGAAUCCUACUGGCAGGUAGCUGUUUCGGACAUUACGUUCAACAAUGUCGAGACGGGCCUGUGUGGCACCGGAUGCCAGGUGGCGGUGGACACUGGGACCUCCAUGUUGGCGGGGCCUUCAGCCUUGGUCAACAGCUUGCAGGCCAAAGUGGCGCCGGAGGCGGAUCACGGAGCGAAGGGGGCCGAGUUCACCACCUGUGAUUUCGAUCAAAAGACUCUUUCACUCUUGUACGUCGACCCGGAUGACUUGUCCACGCAAGCUGGAACUUCCAGUGAUGCCUCCAGCCGUGCGAGUGGCUCGGGGCGCCUUCGAGGUGUCCCAGUGGUCCGUGUGUUUACGUCCAAGCCGGUGUUGAAGGCGAGCAGCCUGGAUCGGAAUGCCGUGGAAGAGUUUCGAUCGAUGCUGGAGAAUCAUGGCAUCAACACCGCGAUGUGGGGAAGAAAUAGAUCCAAGUCCUUGGAACAGCUCUUCUGGGAGGUCUUCUAUCAUCGUGGCUGCAUCCUCACUGGCAUUGGGACCUUGAUGCUGAAACGGGUCACCCGAAUCUUAAAAUUGCGAGUCUUAGCCGAAGUGGAUGGUGCGGAGCAUUUACUGGUCUCGCGGCUGCAAUUUCUGCACGAUGGCCAGCAGAUCCAGCGGCAUCAGGUUCCGGUCUGUCGGCUGUGUUGGAAGAUGCCCGAUGACAACUCCUUGGUGCAGAACUUCGUGGACAAGGACAGCCGGCUGAUUGCAGAGGAGUGCUCCAAUGUGGAACAUUGGAAGAGUCGAUGCAUAUCGGCAUUGGAAGAGAUCUUAGGGGUGUCCUCUGCGCGAGAAAGUCUCGAAGAAGAUGCCAGCGCGUACUCCUAUGUGACUCAAGACAAUCUUUUGAGUGAUGGAUAUCCGGGGCUGCGCACACUCUAUUGUGUGCAUCAGGUGACCUUCAAAGUCAUCGAGCCUCAUCAUCCGAAAGUUGCUUGCAUCGGCCUCCCUCAUGGGCAGGACUUUGCCACGGCCGAUGAGGCCUUCGACCUGGAGAGGUUUCACUCCAAGGAUCAAAUUCCCAUUGGCUCUCAACUCAACGUGUGGUCUUGGACGGCCAAUCAAGAAGUGGUGCAGGCGGGUGGACGAAGUGCUCCGCGUGGCCUCUCGCUGGAGCCGGAUGGAACCGAAUCCAAGGCGAUGCGGCGAUUGGAGAAUGAGCUGAUGCUCGAGAAGCGUGUCCCGGUGCCCAUGUCGCAGUCGCUCACCGCCGCCAAGGAGAACGUCAUGGGCGCCAGAAGUACCUUACAUCCCAAAGAGGUGCAGGGCAAGAAAGGAGCUCCGAAUCCGCACCUGCGACGGAUCUUGCAAGCCAAACGAACGGACUGGAAAACUGUGAGGAGAAUGGCACGACGCUUACAAGACAAAGAUUACACCUUGAGCCAGUUCAACGAGGAUCUGACGGCCUUUCCCGAACUCUUCCUCUACCUGCGGGAUGGGGUGAUUGAUGCAGGGUCCGGGCGGACGACGGAUGACGAGUACCAAAGAACUGUUUGUGCGUUCUUUGCCAUCUAUUGGCUGAUGCGAUUAGACAUCGACGGGCGACAAGGGUUUAGCUUUGGCAUGGAUGACGACUGGAAUCCUCUGCAGGAGUCCAUGGUGAAGGAUGGACAGGUUUCGAUGCCCAAAUCCACGGCCAGUGUGGAGUUGCAGCAACGCCUCUACAAGCUCGACCGACGGUUGGCCUUCUUCAACAACGCUCAGUGGGGCUUCUUCCGGCGUUUGAUGAUCGAUGCUGACCUUCUGGAAAUGUCCAACAAUGGCAGGGGCCAGUACAAGGUCAAGGAGACGAGAAUGGUCUCGCUUCUGGCGCUUACUGCCAUACAUGACAUCAUGAAGAUGGAUGCUCUGCUGCCGACCGUGCAACCAGAGCACGAUGGUUACCACGGCUAUUCUGCCGGCGAUGUCAUUGGCGAUCAUGAUCAUGCCCUUUGCUACCUCAUGGACCAUUAUCCAGAUUUGCUCCCUUCAUUCAAAGAGUUGGACCUUGCCGAACGACAAUCCGUGCAGUUUACACAGUGCAACCUUUGCUUCAACCAUGGAUGGCUAGUGCAGGCGGAGGCGCCGCCGGGUGCCAUCUUCACGAAGUUUCGCGAGGCGAUCAACCGAGAUCGGAAGUUGCACGCGGGAGAGAAGGAUGUGGCCUUGUACUUUGUGCACUGGCUCACCGAUCUUGCCGGAGCUGAGCCCACACCGCUGGGUGGCUGUGAGAAGUUUGUCAUCAAGUUUCCGCUUCAUGUGCUCAACAGUUUUUUGCAGUCCUUCAAGUUCAUUGAGGGCAUCACCUCCCAGAGCGAAACAGAGGUGAUGGAGAAGUAUUUGAAGUACCGCUGGUCCGACCACGUGCCCUCCCUCGGCCAGCCGCCGGUGGGCCCCCACUCGAUUGCUGCGAUGCGACUUCUUUGCAUGGCGCAGGCCAACGGACGGGCGGUGGUCGAAGCCUUUAGCGACGAGCUGCCGACAGAGGACAAGGAUGUGCUUAGUGUGGAAAUGGCCCGCACAGGAUGUGCAGGUCAACACUUUUCGGCAGACUUGGUGCCACCCGACGUGUCCUCUCGUGCUGUGGGACCUGCCUUUCUCGUCUACUAUGGGCCUGCCUUUUUGCAAGCACAAUGUUCCGACGCGCCGGUCCUCCGCCUGCGUAUCUUGACCGAGAUCUAUCGAUGUGCCCGUGAGCUCUGGCCAGAGGCGACAAGUUUGAUGGCGACCUCGGUGCACGUGCGGAUCGAUACCAUCAAGGGCUUGAGGGUUCAAGAAAUACGCGACGUGCUGGCGAAAGGCGAAUUGUGGCUGAUCACCAAACACAACGAGAGUGAGGCAUAUGUGGGCCGCGCAUCGCACAAGAAGUUGAACAAGUUUCCUCCGUGA